CAGAGGGUAGUUUCGAUGCCACUCUCGGGGUAGUUUCACCGUAGCUCUCGAUAGUCGCUCGAUAGUGUUAUCGAUAAGCCGCGCGAAUAACGUCGUUGGAGCAACGUCGCGAAUUUGUGACCGUUGAAUCGGCGCGACUGAGUGUUCGGCGUCUGCUUAUCGAGCGAAUGCUGAAAUUUUAACGUCUUCGCGAACGAGAUCACUGAGAUUUCAACUUGGAUUGUUUAUUUUCUCCUUCCUCACCUCCUCUUAUUUCGUCCUUUCCUUUCGGAUUACCUUACGUUGAAGUUUAUCCCACAAGCAGAGAGUCGCCCAUCGAUCGGGAUUCAGGAUCCAUCGACACGAUCCAGUGACCUACAAAAGAACGACCUAUUUCGCGCGUCGCGACAUCGUAUCAUCUUAACACAAGUCGUGACGGCAGAGAGAAUCAAAGGGAUUUAUCCUACGGAUUGCGACUAACGGUUUGAGCGACACAACCGCGAGUCGUUUCAUCGCAGCAACGAGCCCGGUGUAACCAUCAAGAUUACCGGCCGCGGCGGUUGCGCCAAGUACUGUGGUACAGCUCCAUCACCCGGCAACAUUUCAUUCUCCAGUUUUCGUCAGUCUUUCACCUCCAAUGUCAACUACCUGAAACGGAGAUCCUUUUACAGAUGAAAACAACGAACUUGUCAUCAUACUUCCAGCACCGUGACCAUUUACUUAGCUGAAAUAGACAUCCGUGCCACGCAUGUAACACCGGCCGAUUAGCGACUGCCAGUCUCAUCGCCGACAUCAUCUCCAUAUUUCUCACCCCAUCAAAUGGCUGUGAUCGAUGUGCAUUUAGCGCAGUCAAACAUGACGAUCUUGUCUUCCAGGUUCUCGUCAGGCGAUCUAAGUUCGGAGCUCGACGAUGAGCCCAACGCAGAUCCUGGGCUGGCCACCGUGGGUCGGCAAGACUCGUCUCAACCGUAUCAAGCGGUGCCGGAUCGACCCCUGCAAUCCCAACCGGGCCCGAUACCGCCGCCGUCCCAACCGCCCAUCCCGGGCGCACCACCUCAGGGACCGCCGCAGCCCAUCGGCGGCGAUCUCAGCCUUAACCUGAGACCUGGCUCGCGAACCACCAGCGCGCCAUCCUCGCCGGCGAAGACACGGGAGAGUCUACUCCAGCGAGUGCAGAGCUUAACCGGCGCCGCUCGUGACCAGGGUGCUUCUAUUUUGGGAGCGGCGGUAUCUGGCGCGACCAGAGGCCCGUCAUACAGCAAAGACCGAUGCUUCACUCUGUUGGUGAUCGACGACCAGAACACCGACUGGAGUAAAUAUUUCCGGGGUCGUAGACUGCACGGCGAUUAUGAGAUUCGCGUGGAGCAGGCGGAAUUUCGCGAACUGUCCCUUACAGCCAGCGAGGCAGGCACCGUUGUGUCUAUGGCUGUCUAUCGUAACGGGACCAAAGUUAUUCGAUCCUUCAAGCCUGAUUUCGUAUUGAUACGACAAAAUCUGCGGGAUGCUGGAGAAGAUUAUAAAAAUCUCCUUCUGGGUCUGAUGUACGGCGGCGUACCCAGCGUUAAUAAUCUUACAGCAAUUUACAACUUCCAGGACAAACCAUGGGUAUUUGCACACCUGCUGGGUUUACAACGUCGUUUGGGUAAAGACAGCUUCCCCCUGAUCGAACAGAGUUAUUAUCCCCAUCAUCGUGAAAUGGUAAGCGCAUCUAGAUAUCCCGUCGUGGUGAAAUUGGGCCACGCUCACAGUGGAACUGGCAAAGCCCGUGCGGAAACAAAUCAAGAAUUUCUAGAUCUCGCUUCGUUAGCGGCUAUGGCAAAUACUUACAUCACGGCGGAACCUUACAUCGACACCAAAUAUGAUGUGCACGUGCAGAAAAUCGGAAAUAAUUACAAGGCUUUCAUGCGAAAAAGCAUAAGCGGUAAUUGGAAAUCGAACACCGGCUCGGCUAUGCUAGAGCAGCUUUCCGUGAGCGAGCGACAUCGCACAUGGGUCGAUCACGUGGCGCAAUUAUUCGGAGGAUUGGAUAUCUGUGCGAUCGAACUGCUGGUCGGCAAGGAUGGCCGGGAACAUAUAAUCGAGGUCAACGACAGCGCGCUGUCUUUAAUGGGAGAUUCCCAGGAAGAGGAUCGACGUCACAUCGCGGACCUGGUCACCGCGAAGAUGCAGGUUUACUGUCGACCACCGAGCGUGUUGACUAAGACCACCUCGCGAGGCUCGAUGUCAGGUUCUAGCCAGAUAGGCAGUCCAGUGGAAGAUCGAACUGCACCGCCAACGGUACCUUUGGGAUCCCAUGGAAGUAUAGGUUCCAUGGCUAGUAUAGGAAGUUUAGGUUCCCUAGGUUCCACCGUGCCAAUAUCGGCUGACGUCACUACCUCGGACAGUCAUCAUCAGUUACAGCGGCGAGAUUCCCAAGCUUCUCAAUCGAGCACGGUGAGCAGUGCGCCGUCCGUCGGUCGACGUCCCGAGGAACCACCGACCUCCAGGAUUCCGUUCCACCGACAAGGCAGCCAAUCGCAGACCCAGGGCGAGGACACCGAGGACACGAUGAAGAAUCUGCGAAAAACCUUCGCCGGCAUUUUUGGGGACAUGUAGACCGAGAGAUAUGGCCGACGUAGCGAGAGCGUAGACGUCGGACGCUCUCGCGGUGAGGUAGCUAAAGAUAACACGUCGGCAACAUUAACACGAACUCACGAAUUUCUUCGGAGAUCCCUAAGCAUGUUCGACGAUUGAAUCCCGACGCGCCAAUGAUCGUGCAAAAGUACAUGACGCGGAGCAUGUAGAUAUCUAUAUAUUUGCAGAUUGUCGUAGAAAACUCUCGCGCGUAAUUGCAUGCCGCGCGAAGUGCACUAUUAAUGCACUAGUAAUCACAUGAAUUUAAUCGAAGAAAAUUGUUGGAAAAUUAAAGGCCAAGCGGGAAAUAAGAUUGGCGAUAAUUGCGUGCUUCGCGGAAACAUCGAGAGAUGAGAAUUUCCCGCGUUCAACGAUUUAUUAAGCUAACGCGCUGUAUAAUGAGGUAAGUCGUGUAUAUUGAAAAAAAAUCAUGGUCGUGUGUAUGUAUGCAUACAUUGGAGAAUAAAAUAGUAUGUGCUAUAUAUAAUCCGUGUAAACGAAUUAAAUAAAAGUUAGGCAAGUUCAGUCGAAAAAAAAAAUGGCAACUUAUUUAAUAAUCAGCUUUGAUGUUCGUUGAAUUUUGCUACCGCGAUAUCCAGUGAAGCAUUUGCAUCGCGUAAAUCGUAUAUAAACGCGCUUUCUCACCAUAAAAUGCAAGGCAAUCAUUCCGUAGGCCCCUGGCGUCUCCUCAACCAGUUUUACUUCGAGCACCCACUUUUAGGCUUAACGUUUGGAUCGUCGUGUGUCAUAUUGUCAUUUAAGGGAAAAGGCAUUGCGAGAUAGAAAUUAAGGCAGGCAAUAGGCGUCUUUCGGGCGAUCUCGCAGUGUUUGUAAAAAUAUUCAUACGCCUACGUCAUUCGAGAUAAUCGAAGACGACAAAAAAAAGAGGAGAUUCGGGCAUUAUUCUGAACAUUUGGCUAACCGAAACUGCGAGCGGUCGUUUGGUUUCAUGGUGGACUAUAUAGGUCGGAAAAACAAAUGUGUAGUUGUCUCUACUUUUAAGCGCACAAGUAGUUUUUAAGAUAAAUCGGGAGGGGAAGGGGGAUGUUUCUCGACAUUGCGGACAAAAAGUUGAAUUGAAUUUUCGAGAUACAUAUUCGCGAGUUCUUUCUCUCGUCACGCGAUUGAUCGACCGAGACAUAUAUCGCUCGUGGAAAAUAUAAUUAAUUCGCUAAUAAGUUUCUCACAAGAACAUCUCGCAAAAUUCACGUUCACGUUCACGAUAACAAAUUUAAUCGCGCAUUCUGAGAGAGAGAAAGAGAAAAAAAAGUGACGACACUUUCUUUUCCUAAAUUUUCGUACAUCGCGAGCCGUUGUCAAAAUCGCACGAGACAAACGCGCCGUCGAUGGAAAAUUCACGAAAAUUUGGUCGCUAUGUUUUUUAGCAUUAAGGAAUCGUACGAAUUCGCAUAUGCGUUGCAUCUUGGCGCGAGAAACGGAAGGAUCGAUCGAAAAAUAAUUCGACUAGAACGGGCAUUCGAUUGUGCAUGCAACGCGGAAGAAGAUAAUAUCCCGAUACAUAGAUCUGCAAAUAUAUACAUAUACGCAAAUAAACAGGCUGAAUAUAAUGUACCGACGAAGUGUAUUAAUUAAAUGUAGCUACGCGAAACACAGUACGGAGAAAGGUAAUUUUCAGCGAAUAAUCGGAUUUAACUUAAUAUAAGACUAACGAAGGAAAACCGGGAAAUAAUCGACCGUGGUUUCAGCUCUGGGAAAAGGAAGGCUUGACAUUUGCAAUUUGACAAAUGUGGAAAAUCUGAAUUUCGCUGAAGAAAGAAAACAUAGUCGUUAAAUGUGAUGGAAUAUUCGAGAAAUAUCAAUUAAUGUCAUCAAUCGAUAUGAAUAUAUAUAUAUAUAUAUAUAUAUAUAUAUAUAUAUAUAUAUAUAUAUAUAAAAAGGAGAAAAGAAGAGCGUAACUCUUCAACUAUUGACUAUUGAAGAGAGCAAAGAGAAUGUGAAUUUAUUUGAAAGUAUAAUCUCAUUUUUGGAAAACUCUAUAUACGUAAUGGAAAUUUUACAUUAUAUACGGUUUCGUCGUGUCCUUUUCGCGGUUUUCUGACUGCAUAAGUAAUAAAUAAUUGACGGUUUGAUUUUCAUGUGCCUUGACACUAAAGUGUCCUUCGUAUCACAUUGUUCGCGAGAGAUUGACAAGUUCUGAAACGGAUAAAAAAAAAUUAAUUUUUGAAAGACAUAAAUUACGACGACAAUGCUGGUCAAUGCAACGAACGUUGACGGAUGACGUAGAUGUAGACAACGGUAUUUUGAGGCAGGCAUUGCACUUUACCGCGUGAUCUAUUGUUUGUACUUUUUUAUGAAUCUCAAUCUCAUUCCAUUUGUAUAUUCGCUGAGACACACUGUUUCUUCAUUGAUCUUCGCCGCAGCGGAGAAGCGCGCGCGCCGUCCAAGCUUACAUUCGUUACAACAUCUAUGCCCUUUCGAGAUCAAGAAUGUGUUAUAUAAGUAAGUGGUUGUAUAUAUAAAUUUUCGCGGGAAUAUAAAAUUACGAUUCUAACAGUGUUUUCGAUUCUGCAAUACGUAAUGAUAAAAUGUCUUCCGUGCGUUGCGAACUGAAUAUUUGAAGCAGAAGAUCUCGUGUAAGCGAAACAAAAAUGUUUUAGCCUUUAAUAAGUAAUUUUUCUCAUUAUAAAUAGUUCAAUAAUUAUAUUUCUGUAAAUAUAUUUUUAAAAAUAUUGAACCUUCUAAUUCAUAUAUUAGAAUAUUCCUUUUCACUGUUUUUCUUCGCGUUGGAAAAAUUACUCAAAAUUUUAGCAAGUUUCGCGACAAGAGCAGAAAUUUGCGCAAUCAAGAUUAAACAGGGAAGCAAAGACUGCACAGUUUAACUCUCGACGCACAGAUCUCUGGUUCCGUUUUUCAGAGCUGACGCCACGGUACGGAGAAGAGCAAUCAAACAAUCAUAAUCACGUCACUACGCGGAGGUCAAUCGAUCAUCAACACUGGAUGCGUAGACGCGGUUAAAGAUGAAGGAUAUCUCAGGGCUGCGAGUCUAGGCACUAGAUAACAUAGAAAGUAGAAGCGGCGACGCGUGCAUCCACGCACAGUCAAGUCAAAUCAUCGACGUCAACUUCAAGCGACCAAGUGGAUAGAGUUAGCAUUCGCUUGUACGGAGAAAUUCUUGUGACUGUGAUCCUCGGGAUUUUUUCUGUAUAAAAGAAAACUUUUCGCGCGCAUUUUGUUCGAUCGAUCGCUUUUCUCGAUAAACAUAAUCUUACUUCUUUUUUUUUAAUAAUAUUAAUCAGAUUUUCCGGAUGUUUAAAAUCUUAUUAAAGUGCUUAAUAAAUUCAUAAGAAAAAUGUGUAUAGUUUAUCAGGUAGUAUAUUACAAUUUGAAACCAGCAGUUAUUAUUAAGUUUUGUGUAAAAUUAAAAAAAAAACAAUAUAUAAAUGUCUUUCAUAAAAAUCAAUUGUGAUUAAUAAUUUAAGUUUUCAAAAUAUAAUUUGAUUAUACAUAUUAAAAAUAUAAAUUUUCUUAUUUUCUAUCAUACUUGCAGUAUUUAAAGAAUUUUCGAUAUUUGAUUUUAAUAUAACAAACGUGAUGAUCUACGAUCCUCAUGAACUGAUUAUUCGAACGAUUAUACGCCGAUCUCGACUAGCAAAACAGCAUCGGGCAUUUUAUUGCUUGGAUCAAAACUUAUCGAAGCGUUAUCCAGUGACACAUUUAGUUAUGAUGACUGUGUAGUGUCGUGAGCGGUAGCAUUUCUCAUUUUUUCGUUUCGUAUGCACCGAUUGCACCGUAGCUACCAAGUAAUAAUGCACCAGCAAUAUCUGUAGAUUAGCACAGUAACCAUAUAUCGCAAUCUCUUCAAUUUUCUAGGAUAUGCGAUCGUGUUGCUGUGUGUAUGAUUGCGCCCACGAGUAAUAAAUAAAUAAUAAAUAUUGUUUUUCCUUGCCGUGCGUAAAGUUCGGUCUCACGAUUUCGCAUAAAAUAUAUACAUGUAUAUGUGCAUAUAUAUAUAUAUACAGCACACACACGCAUACUAUAUUUCAUAUAAAAUCGCAUUAAUGAGAAUUCACCGUAAUUUCGUUUCUCCUCCGGCACUUUUCAGCCGGGAUGGCACUUAUCUUCGUGUUGCAAACAUUAUUCUUGCAGGACCGCAGUCUUCAAAAUAUUACGACUGUGCCAGCAUUCUUUAGGUAGCGCAAAUACAUUCGUACAAGAUUUAUAAUAAUGCAGUUACACGAAGAGAGUUCUGAAUUAUGUAACGAUGUAACACCGUCUAACACCGUUCCGGAAACUCAUCAAUGCGCCAUUUCCAGUUGUAAAUUAGUGAUCUUCGUAAUAUCGAUCGUUGUGCAUAUACAGCUGAAUCGUGUUUCGCCCUUCGUGCGAGGGAACGCGAGCCUAUUGACGAACCAUAAGUCUCCCACCUCUUACCCUUCAAUCCCACCCUCACAAUCCCUCGACGAUCCUCCGAUUAUCGCGAGAGGAUCGUGCAAUAAGUUACGAUUCGCGCGUCUUUCGCGCCUCUCGGUAGAUUUUAUGUAACGCUCUUAUAUACGUAUAUCCUUCACUGUGCUUUCUGAGCAUUCGUCACUGUACAUCGAGGAGAAAUCUCUUACGUACAUAUCAUCUUGGCGGUGCGCGAUCGCUGAACUUUAGUGCCUCAUUUCCUUCUCUUCUGUUUGCUUUAGCCGAGCAGUAGUGACAUGGAGUUAAAGUCUUUAUAUUUUCCUCUCACCUUCUUCCCUCCAACAAAUAUAUAUAUAUAUAUAUAUAUAUAUAUAUAUAUAUAUAUAUAUACAAUGGAAUAGCUAGAUGCAUUUAUCAUAUGUUAAAUUCAGCGUCGUACGAUUAACAAAUAUCUGAUUGCAGAUGAGAAGCAAGUUAUCUCGUUCGAGAUAAAUUGAAUUAAAUCAUUAUAACAUUAAUUAAAGUUAUUUAAUUAAUGUUAGAGAUUUACUUGCAACAACUUCAGAAUUCACACUUCAACGUUUAUACGAACGGCUCAUGAUAAGACUCCAUGCGACUACUGCUAAGUUAACAAUGAAUAAUCGGAUUGUAUUGUUACGCUUUUGAAAACGCUAAAGUCUCGAUACUUGAGGAAAUAAAUGCGUUCGCAUUUUUGUGUUGGAGAAUUAUUUUAAGAACUUAAGUACUCGAGCAACGUUAUAUAAUAUUGUGGCCGCCCGAAACACCAAAGUCUGUAACUUUAUAAGUGAUGUACAACGAAAUUCAUAAGACGCGUUUUUCCAGCCUUCAUCUUUAUUUCUGAGCUGUGGCAGGCCAAUAGAGGAUAGAGUACGCAUCAUCGAUUUACCCCCGAUUACACGACGGCUCGUCCUCUUGAUAAUACUCAGUAUGUAUCUCUGUGUGUACGAACUUAAUGUUAAACUCGGAUGGUAAACUUGCGAGGAAAGUAACGAUAAUAGCAGUAGGCAUGUAGGCGCGACGAGUAUAUACGUUGCAGCCUAAUAUCGUCGCAUUACCUCCUUGAUUUCAAUGCGUGCUAGCCACAUGUAUAUGAUACCCAUUCACAUACAUGUUUAUAUAUGAUCGCACAUAACACACACACGCGCACACACACACACACACACACACACACACAUAUAUAUAAACAUACGUUAACACAAAAAUUAAAUCGUAUUGUAACGCUAUAUAAGUAUUAUUACUGUACGAUAUAGUGUCGAUGUUAUUUAAUCCCCGUUAUUACAUUAAAGUCAGCCUAUCGUGCCGAGGAAAGCAAGAUAUCGAGAUAUAUUUAUCGCGUUAAGAUUUCAGGAAGACACAGGUCUAACUAAUUUACGUAGAUUCGUUAGGGAUCGUAAAAAUUAACAUAAUCGAUCGGAGCGUUGAAUUUAUGCAAGAUAUAUGAUAUACGUAUGUAAUCCACACAGAAUACAGAUUCGUAGAUUAGUAAAAGACACCGCGUCGACGAAAAGCUAAAGGCCGUCAUCGUCGCUCUUAUUUCGAGCGGAAUAAUAUUUAUUGAGCGCAAGCGCGUUGAUCAUGCUUCCAAAAGAGAGAGAAGGAGAAUCAAAACGUGACGAUUCGAUAACCACGAACCGACCACCCACGCGGGAGAAAGGGCUGAAUCGAGGUCAUCGUAUGCUCGAAAAUCCUCACUGACUUUUGUGAAUCGGUUGACGUUCACGCGCAGUGAAUCGUGAACCAGCAAUGAUGACUUCUGACGUUGCCGCGUGCAAAGUGCGUGCAAUUCAACCAUCACACACACAAAAAAAAAAAGGGAUUGAAUUGUAAUGGAUGACGAUACGAAAGGAUUAUUCGUUCGUGAUGAAUUGGAGUGCGAUAGAAAAAAAAAUGCAAGGUGUACCAGUUUCAGAAUAGUCUGAAUGUAUAGCGACUUUUUCUGUCCCCAUUACAGAAACUCAAUGCAUUCACAUCGCAUUUUGAUGAUUAUAUCGUCAAUUUCAUAUCUCGAGAUUUGUCAUAGCUUGUAUAUUUUCUAUCGCGUCGCGGAUUAGAUUCAACUUUGACCGUCAAUUAUGAAGAUUCAUCAGUUUACAUAAAAGAAAAAAGAAAAAAAAAAUUAAAAGUGAAUAUCUUUACAUGAUUAUAUCAAAGUCGGGAUCAUAAAAUUUCUUCGAAAUAAUUAAUAAUAAUCCACAAAAUAAUCAGAUUUGAUUCAAUAUUAUGUGAUUUAAAAUAAGAAAUAAAGAAAGUUCGAUUCAUGCAAAUCGAUUUUCUGAACAAGAUGAGAACAAAAAUCGGCUUUUCCUCCGCAAUUGGAGAAAUCGCGAACGGCACAGCGAGAAUCGGCGCGUUUCUUUUUAACGAUAAACUUUCAACGGUACUUAAGGUCACAAGCGUAUUUUUAGUGGUCAUUGAGGACAACGAAUCAACAGAACGAGUCCAAGUGUUGGAAACGAAAGAAGGAAAUCAAAGGACGAUUAUAUAUGGAACAACGUCCGAGUAGUAUGUCGCGCGCGCCUAGAUUAGCGCGCGCUUAUCACUUAUAUCGUAACGUAUGAAAAUUUGUAUAAGUAAAUACCGGAGUAAGCAUGUGAGGAGGAUUAAAUCACACACAUAAAAUGCGAGUUCUAUCUGUCAUCGUUAAUUACUAAGGAUUAUCAGAGUUUGGAGAAGCUCUAAAGUUAAGCUGCAAUCAAGCAUAAGAGUAUAAGUUUAUAACCUGUAGCGAGGAUACGCGAAGGAGUGUAGUACAAUAUUAACAAGAACGUGUAUAAAUAUAUAUGAAGAGUAUAAAAAAUAUAUAUAUAAAGACAAAUAUAUAUAAAUACAAAAACAUGUAAUUAUUCCUAUGAUAUGCAACGUUAAGCGUUGGAUGUACAUCGAGAUGCUCGUUGCGACUGAGCUUUGUCAUUUGAUUAAACAUUGCGAUCUGAAAUAUCGCUCUUAAAUAUCUUGAGAUGUUGAAAAGAUUACGAGGAUGAUACGCUGUUUCAUCCAGUUUGCGAAGCAGCUCAAGCCGCUUCCUAUUAAUAAAAAAUAAGAAGAGUGAUCGGCAACGAGCAUCGUGAUCGAUGUAUGUGUACGUUGAUCAUGAAGAAAAUCUUUUCCGAGAUAGUCUACAAAAUUAAAUGUAGAGAUAGAGAGUGUAGAUCAUUUUCAGAGCCAGAUAAUAAGGUCGAAGCAUGCUGUUUUUUGCCUAACGUGUGCUAUUCAUAUAAGCGUACAUUCGAAAUAUAUGCGAUAGAUAUCGAAGAAUGAGAGAAGAAUUAUUGACUUAACUUUUGUGAAUUUUGAAGGGCAUUGGACUCGCGGCAUUGCUUUCUUCUAAAGUUUUUGUAUCGGUAUUUUAUAUAUUACGAUAAUUAUAUAUUGCGAUAAAAAAAUUUGUGUAAAAUCAAAGCAAAACGCAAUAUUGUCGAGUAAGAUUUCUCGAUUAUUAAUAUAAUCAAUAGAUAUUUUUAUUUAGAAAAUUUUCCUGCGUAACACACAUUUUUUCAAGAAUAACAAGUAUAAAUAUAAAUAUCCUCAUGAUUUUUUUGCAUUUUCGAGAUUUCAGCCUCGAAUGAUUAAUUGAUUAAUGAAUACGAUAAUGGUUUCUCAGAGCGCUUAAUGCUACAUUUUGGAGUGGCUCGUAAUUAAUCCAACAAUGAUAUCAUCAGAACAAUAGAGUAGAACAAUAGCAAUUAAUGCGUCGCAAGAGUCUUCUAAAUAACAAAAAAAAAAAAAGAAAAGAAACAUGAAUGUGUAUCGAUCAUUACUCACCCCUCAUUACCUGUUGCCAUAAUAGAUUAUAAAACAUUUCCAAUGUUUCCUAGUCAUUAUGGUUGUUACGAUAAAUCUUACUCUUGAAUGUGUUAAAAUAAUAGAUCACCAUUCUAUAAAUGUCCAUUACGUUACAUACAUACAUAAAUAUAUAUAAAUAUAUAUACGUUACGUUGUCAUUGAAAUUACCAUUCCCAAUGUAUUAUCACAUUAAUGUGAAAUGUGGCAAUUAAUGCGAAUGUCGAAGUGUUAUAAAUAUUAAUGUGUAAUCAUCAACGACACUGUGUAUGCGCAAUGUUUUUUCCAAUUAACGAUUAGGCGAUUACGUAUAUAGAUGAAUCGCAUCGAUAUAAUGAAACAAAAAAAAAACCGAAAUGAUAUUAAUCGUCAAUAAUAAUUGCAGCAAUGAUAAAUGAGAUAUCCAUAAUAUGCAUUAGAUACGGGACGUUGUGUGUACGAAAACGUCCCGAUGUAGAACCUGUUACAUUAUUAUGUUUAACGCGAUAUACGUAAGCUGAACUGUAAUAAUAAAAAUAUAUAAACAUAAAAUAUA